UUAGUUGAGAAUACACCAUUGAGCGCUACGGAGCUAAAUUGGAUUCUGUCUAAGUGUGUGCGUGUCUGAUCUAUGGGACAACGCACGAAGACGAGAGCUCGCGCAUCAUUUCUAUAACUAUUCAAGUGUUACAAACAAAUAGUCAUGCAAUUGUUUACAAUCUUAGUUGUAGCUACAGCUGCUCUUAGCGUAGUUCGUGCGGCACCAUCGAAUGAAGCUUCCCCUAUAGAUUUACCUGAGGAAAAUCACUGCGAUCACAAGCUAACCAAGUCGAAUAAAUAUUUAGACUAUCCGUUUUGGAAAAAGUUCUUCAAGCAUUUGGUACCUUUUACCAGCAGCUCACGUUCCAAAAUGCAAUUUUUUCUAUUCAAACGGGACUUUCCUGACUGCGGCCGUGAACUGUUUGUCAGCGAUGAUGAGACCUUGGAGCGUUCCGGUUUCGAUGCACGUCAUCCCACAAGAAUUAUUAUACACGGCUGGAUGAGUCAGGGCAAGGGAUCAUUGAAUCGGGAUGUGAAGACCGCAUAUCUCAGCCUAACGAAGCCCCAGCCAAAUGAUAAAGAUGACGCAAUGGGUGAGCCGAAAAUGAGGGCGCCCCUUUAUGAGGACUUCAAUAUCAUUGUUUGUGAUUGGAGCAAAAUAUCGUCGAAUGUUAACUACUUUGGAGUGGCCGAAAUGGUUGAAGAUCUGGGCUUUUUGCUGGCCGAGUUUGUGCGUUAUCUUCAUAUGCGUGCGAGCCUACAAUUCGACGAUGUCUACCUCAUUGGACACUCGUUGGGCGCCCAGAUUGCGGGCAGCGCCGGCAAACAGAUUAGCCCGCAUCGCUUCAAUACGAUCUUUGCUCUGGAUCCCGCGGGACCCGCGUUUCGGGAGCAGAGCGAUGAAUAUCGCAUAGAUCCGAGCGAUGCACAUUAUGUGGAGUCUAUACAUACGAGCACGGGUCUGGGCUUCGAACAGCCCGUGGGUCAUGCCAGCUUCUAUCCAAACUUUGGCAAAGAUCAAAAGAAGUGCUAUGUGUACGGCUGUUCGCAUAAGCGCGCCCAUGACUACUUUGCCGAGUCCAUCAACAGCACUAAAGGCUUCUGGGGUAUACGCUGUGAACGCUUGUCGAAAAAAACUUGGGUACUACUGGACAAUGAUGGGGAGUUUCGAAUGGGCGGCGAACCCUCAGAUCCAAAGAAUGGCACCUUUUAUGUCAAGACUUAUGAUAAAAAGCCCUAUGCAAUGGGCACCAGGCAAGCGCUGGCGGAGGCCUCCGCGGAGCCAGAGAGAAUCACUGAGGUUUACUAUUGAGUGAAGACACAUUAUUGAGAUAUA